AUGCCCGAGAGCCCUCGCUGGCUCAUAAAGCAGGGCCGCGUGGACGAUGCGCACCGCGUGCUGGCCAAGCACCACGCCAACGGCGACAUGGACGACCCCCUCGUCCUGCACGAGAUGCAGGAGAUCCGCGCCGCCCUCGAGGCCGAGAAGGAGCAGCAGCAGACGUCGUACCUCGACUUCUUCAAGACGCCGGCCAACCGCCGCCGCCUCUUCGUCAUCCUCGUCAUCUCGGUCGGCACCAACUGGGUCGGCAACGGUGUCGUGUCGUACUACCUCUCGCCCAUUCUCAAGCUUGUCGGCAUCACCAAGCCCGUUGAGGUUAGCGCUAUCAACGGCUGCCUCGCGCUUUGGAACUUUUGUCGACCGUAUCGGCCGCCGACCGCUGUGGCUGACCUCCACCGGAGCUACACGACCGAGAUCCUGCCCUACUCGCUCCGCACCCGCGGCCUGGGCAUCUUCGUCGCGGUGCAGAACGCUGCUCUCGCGUUCAAUACGUACGUGAACCCUAUUGCGCUCUCGGCCAUCGGGUGGAAGUACUACACCGUCUUCAUCGCCACGACGGCCGUCAUCUUUGUCAUCAUUUGGUUCUUCUUCCCUGAGAUCAAGGGUCUCACACUCGACGAGAUCUCGCACGUGUUCGACAAGGGCCGCGGCGCCGUCGAGGAGCUCAAUGCCUAUGCUGGCUCCGUGCACGAGGACAAUGGCAAGGAGGACGAGGCGUACGACCGCAAGUAG